AUGAGUGAGAAGGCAAAUGAGGAGAAUAGCUUGAAGAAUGCCGCAGCAUUCUUUUCAGGCCUGGCUAUAUACCAACUUUCGCACUUUGCCAUAUCUGCUGGUAAUUUUGCAGCCUCAAGGUUUCGAAUUCCGUCCAGUCUGGUUGGAUUGUACAUUAAUAGGUUCAUUAUCUCCUACAGGAUAUCAACCUUUGCAGGGAACACAUUGAUGACCAUUUAUGACAUUGGUGUAGGAAAACAUAUGGAUAAGGUUUCUACAGUGUUACGUUGGUCAGAUGCAGCGGGAUAUCUUCUUGCGUUGUUUAUAUUCUGGAUGGGCGGUGACCAGGGUUACAUUACAUUUUAUUACUGGUUUACAGUUUCCAUUGGAUUAUUAAAUGGUCUAUCUUUUGUAAGUAACAUAAAGAUCGGAUCCAAACAAAUGUCUUAUUUUCUUGUUGCUUUCCCUACGUCUGGUAUUUUUGUGUCAUUGUUUCACAUUAUAUUCUUGGAAAUAUUUAACCGUUUCCGACUAUCAAAUACAUAUUACUGGUUGAUUGUAUGGCAAAAGAUACUCGCAAUAGUCAUAGCUGUUGUUUCUGCAAUUCUUUGGUCUGCAGCGUAUAAUGGUACUGAUACCACCUCCACUGGAGGCGGCGGCGGAGGCGGAGAUAACAACGACAAACUUAAACUGAGUGGAGCAUGGUCACCAAUCCUCAUGAUUGCAUUAGGAUACAGUCUCCAAAAUGCCUUUUAUCCAUCCAUUGCACCCUUCAAGCUUAUCGGAGCUGAAAGAGGAUAUAAAAUUGGGAUUGCAGUUUUAAUCAUCAGUGCCAUGCCACCUCUCGCAAUAGUGGCUUUGAAAAAUUGGAAAAUAACUCCAAGUACGAAAUGGACUGGAGGCAACCAGUAUUGGCAUUGUGCAUGGGUUUUCUUCUUUGUGGAGGUAACGUGUGCACUCUUAUUCCUCAUAGGUCUGCACUAUCCCUACUACUCUGUAUCACAAGAGUUAAGAAACAACAUUUGGGUUCUUGCAGUCUUUACUAUAUCAUAUGAUUUAUCAGCACAAGUAUUGAGAGUUGUAGGAUCUAAUGGAGCCAGUAGACAAGCAGAUGCCAACAAGGAUAACUCAAAGGUGGAUACGUUUGCAACCUGCCUUUACUCCUUCACACAGGUCGUUUUCGCAUUCAUGGGAGACGGAUACCUUAGGAUAUAUUCACAAUAUGAAAGUGAUCUAAAUAGCUGGCCUACUGCUCACUAUGGCAGGCUCAGAUCCUUUUGGUUUUGGUACUGGAGUACUACAAAAGUAGCAUGCAAAGCCAUGAAAAGCGCUUUUAGUACAGAUGUUAGAGCUGAAAUUCAGACUAACAAAGAAUUUCUCUUUAUUGUUUAUGAUGAUGCUCCACCUGAAUGUGAAGAUCAUCUAUUUGACCUUCCAUUCAUUCACAGGAAGGAAGAGUCUCCAGAUAAUUAUAGCUUUAAGGGAGCAUACAUUUUUCACUAG